AUGAAGCGGUUGGACCAACUGGAGAAAUGCUGCAGCGGCGUCCAGGAACUCCAAAUAGAACAGGUCGCCCUGUUUGAUGGGGUACAGGUUGAAGCUGCAGUGGACUCGAUCCGAUUGUUCAUACACGAGUUCCUGGCUGUGGGUGAUACGCUCUCUAGCUUGAGCGCAAAUGCACGACACAAAGACACUCUCACCAGAGUGAAUGAGUGCAUCCAAAAAUCUGACGAGCUUUUAGCCGCAUUGGUCACCGCCAUAGAAUCAAAACUGGAAUCAGAACCAGGAUUGGAAUCCACCGUUAAUCAAUUGGAACCGCUGUGUGAGGAGCUACUUACAGCUAAAAAGCACAUCUCGGCGUACUUGGAAAACCUGCAUGUAGCCAUCAGAUACACAGAGCUGGAUGAACAGGUGCUGGGGUCGAUUAGCGACGAGAUUCAAGACUGUUCUAAGGACCUGAGAACGCUCAAAGAGAUGCUUCUCACCAGUCCUGUUAAGAAGCUUCCCAAGCUCGAAUUGGAAGAAAUCAAUGCCAAAAUGACCCAGAGCGAGAGCUUCAAGCUGCGAAUGCCCACAUUCACCUGUCUGGAUGAGCGCUUGCUGGGCUUGUACCAACAACUUGAGGGCAGAGUAGACCCGAUUCAGGCGGCCGUGCUAAUUGUGCCUCAGACCCUGGAAAGCUAUGGAGAGGUGGCGAUGCACAAAAACCCAGGGUCAAUCAUGCACCUUAUAUCAAGGUAUGAGGGCCUUGUGCAAGAGGUGCACGAGCUCAGGUCUGCCUUAAAGCAGAUUUCGCGCGAGCUCGUGGACCGUCGCUGGGAGCACAUUUUUCGGUCUCUAAUGAGGGAGAUCUCUCAAGCACUAGAGGACCUCGAGGACGAGAUGGCUGUCAAGCAUUGUCUGGGAAGCUCCAGUGUGCGCAAUUUGGAAAUUAUAGGCCAGUCAUUGGGUAUUCUGAAGCGUGCAACAGGCGAGAGACUGAUUACCGAUAAGAGUAUGAUUGAGAAGAAAAAGGAAAUGGAAGCACAAUAUCUGCAACUCCAGGAACAACAUUAUGAAUCCAAGAGAAGCUCACCAAGCCCGUCGAUGGCCUCAGCACCUGCGAUAUCCAAAGGAUCGCUUUUUGACGCUCUCCAGCUCAAGCCAGUUUUGAUCGAGUACAACCCGACAUCCGCAAAAAAGCGAAGUCCUCUCAAAUUUGAUAUUCUGGAAGACGACGAGUCUGAAGUCUCCUUCCGCACCGCGUCCAGCAACUCUGUUCUCAAACGACUAAUGGACGAGGCCGAGGACAAAGAGAACGAGACAUCUAGAGACACAGAAGAAGACCUUGCUGAGAAAGUGGAACAACUAGACAUCAAAGAGCGUUCGCCACGAAGUAUGAGGUCUCUUUCUCAGUCAGAUCCUUUCAUCACGCCUAAUGCAAAGCUUCACAGACCAAGCGUUCAGAAACAAGCCGGAAAAACCAAGCUGCUCAAAUAUAUUCCAUUACCAGUUCCUUUGCCAACGACUAGAGACGAAACGUUUAGAAGACAUAUUGAGCCUUCUAAGUCGCAUGUGACCAGAAUUCCGCUUCCUGUGCGUCCUGAGUCUCGUCAGUCGCUUCUCAACUCCAAAAUAAGAGGCGAGCACUACGCGAUGCCUCCAGUGCGGAGCUCGAGCUGUAUUCCACGAUCCAAGCUGCUCGACAAAAUUCAUCCAACACCGUUAAAAACUAAUACACGCCCGCUGUCGGCAUUGGAUAUACACAAGUCCCCGACAAUGAUGGUGCAGCCAACACCGUUACGAGUGAUAAAACAGAGAGCUCGAGCGACAUCGUCUCUGGGUAUCAUCAAUCCUCGACGAGUCGCCUCUUAUGAUAAUGACACUUUCUAA